AUGGCCGAAGACGGUCACGUCGCGCCCGGAGCCCCCGCGGCUCAUGCGGCCCCGGGAGGAGGUCAUGGGCCUACGGAAAACCUCGCCAUCAACACGCAGAACAUCAAACCAGUGAAUGGCAACGGCCCUCUCUUGGAGGAGAUCGCGUCCCUGACAUCGCCGCGCCUCUACACGCCCAACCCGUUCAGUCGGAAGAACACUUCCUUGGAUAUUGACGACUAUUUCACCGGUCCCCGCGACAUCCAAAAGCACUCGAAAUGGCCCAUCUUCCUACAAAUGCACGGGAGCAUUCUUCCUAAGCUGAUACUCCCGCUGCUUUCUAUCGGGUCGUGGGCGACAUGCGUCACAUGCAUUCACGUGUUGGUCACACCAAUCAGCAUCGGCAGCGUGCUGCUUACCGUCCUCGGUUUCGUCGUCGGUCUGGGGCUGUCGUUCCGUAGCUCCACAGCAUACGAGCGCUAUGCCGAAGGGCGCAGGUACUGGUCGCAGGUGAUAUUGGCGAGCCAGAACCUCGGGCGCGUCUUCUGGGUCCACACCACCGAGCGGACCGACAUCCCCGAGGACCAAAAGGAACACCACAAGAGGCGCGACGUGCUGGAGCGGCUGACGGCCAUGAACCUGGUCGUGGCCUUCUCGGUGGCGCUCAAGCACCGGCUGCGGUUCGAGCCGUACACCUGCUACGACGACAUCGCCAACCUGGUCUCCCACCUCGGCACCUUCGCCCAGGCGGCCACCACCGACGACCAGGACAACGCGCAGCGCGCCUUCAGGCGCCACGGCUUCUUCAAGAGCGUCGGCGAGUACCUGGGCGUCUCCUUCGCCGAGAGCAACCCGCGCAAGGUGGUCAAGAAGGCCGGCCGCCCGCUCGGCAACCUCCCGCUCGAGAUCCUCUCCUACCUGGCCAGCUACGCCGACGAGAUCUCCACCGACGGACGCCUCCCCAUCCCCAUGCAGCAGACCGCCGUCUACAGCAACAUCUCCCUCCUCAACGACGCGCUCGUCGGCACGGAGCGCGUGCUCAACACCCCGCUCCCGAUCGCGUACUCCAUCGCCAUCGCCCAGAUCACAUGGGUGUACAUCAUCGUGCUGCCCUUCCAGCUGCUGGGCACGGUAGGCGACCAGACCUGGAUCACGAUCCCCGCGACGGUGGUCGCGGCGUACAUCAUCCUGGGCAUCCUCUUCAUCGGGCGCGAGAUCGAGAACCCGUUCGGGCAGGACGUCAACGACCUCCCGCUCGAGGCGUACUGCGCGCAGAUCGCGGCCGAGAUGGACGUCAUCGCCAGCCGGCCCAAGCCCAAGAGCAGCAGCGAGUGGAUGGAGUCGAUCGACAACCGCGUGCUGUGGCCGCUGUCGAGCUCGGGCUGGCCCGUGUGGAUGAAGCGGAGCGAGGACAAGAUCCGCGAGGCGGUCGUGCAUAAGGUCGAGGCGACGUUUGUGAGCCAGAAGGGCAAGGAGGCCGUGCUGCAGGGGAAGGCGCCGUCGGAAAAGGGGUAUGCCAAGGGGUCGUCGGUGAGUGAUGUUUAA